GUAGCGAACAACCAGAUCUAGUAGAAUUCUCUGGACCCCAUCGGCGGCGGCGACGAGGAGGAGAGCAACGACCGGAGAUGGCGCCGAGCGGGUGGAGGAGGAGCGCGGCGGCGCGGGGCGUCUGGCGCCCCGCCACGGUGUGCCUGUGGCUCGCGCUCGCCGCCGCCGCCCUGACGCUCGCCCAGGUGCUCGUCAACCUUGCGAAGAAGGACCUGACGGAGGUCACCCACAAGGUCUACUUCGAUAUCGAGAUUGAAGGCAAGCCCGCAGGUCGGAUUGUCAUGGGACUUUUUGGGAAGACUGUUCCUAAAACAGCAGAGAACUUCCGAGCGCUUUGCACAGGAGAGAAAGGAGUUGGCAAAAGUGGCAAACCUCUCCACUACAAGGGAAGCACAUUCCACAGAAUCAUCCCCAGCUUCAUGCUCCAAGGAGGUGACUUCACUCUUGGUGAUGGAAGGGGUGGUGAAUCCAUCUAUGGCUUGAAGUUCGCUGAUGAGAACUUCAAGAUCAAGCACACUGGGCCAGGCCUUUUGUCCAUGGCCAAUGCCGGGAGAGAUACAAAUGGAUCUCAGUUUUUCAUCACCACUGUAACCACAAGCUGGUUGGAUGGGAAGCAUGUUGUGUUUGGCAAGGUGCUGUCUGGAAUGGAUGUUGUCUACAAGGUCGAAGCUGAAGGCCGGCAGAGUGGGCAACCAAAGAGCAAGGUUGUCAUAGCAGAUAGCGGCGAGCUGCCAAUGUGAUGAGAUGUACUGAUAUAUUCUGAUGAAAAAUAAGUUGUUGUCGCUAUUUGUCUUUUAGAACUGCUAUAGUGGUCUGUUGUGCCGAAAUUGGCCUAUGCCAGUUUCUCUUUACUGCAGGGACUUGCUUAUUUACUUAGUUGGAAAGUUUUAAAGAUGAAUUAGCGAAUGGUCUCUCGUUUCUACAUUGUUUUCAGUUUCAUCUGUCAGAAUAAUUUUCUGUGGUUGUUUA